AUGCCGGAGUCUUGGUCUGUAAUCAACCUAACUUCUCCGGGCGGGGUUUUGGAUCAACAAAAAAUUAUGAAUAUUGAAGACAAACAGACCACAGAACGGCCCGAUUUAGCCUCCGAAGCAGAGGAGCAUUUAGACUCUUCACGAAGUCCCAAAGUGCUAAUGCCAUUUUCAGAGCCGCGUCAACGAUAUUCCUUCGACGGGUCUCCCGUCGGAGGGCUCACCGAAUCAGCGGCCGUAGAACCAAAGCGGCCUUUUAAUCUCUUUGAUUCUUCACACUUUUUGGAUAUGCUUGUCACUACAAAGCCUGAUAUCCAAAAGCAAGAACAUGAAGCAAUUCAGACUUCCGUAAUAGGGUUCGAACCCUCAUCCCGAGUAUCAGGAGGAGGUCGCGUUACCGACCUGACCACGAGAGCUGCCCAUCCCCCUCCCCCUCCCCCUCCCCCUCCCCCUCCCCCUCCCCCUCCCCCUCCCCCUCCCCCUCCCCCUCCCCCUCCCCCUCCCCCUCCCCCUCCCCUCUCCCUCUCCCCCGACCACACCUUUCAUGGCAUUGGAAUUUGUAAACAAAAAACGUUAUAUCGACUGCCAGAUAAGAUACCCAUCUCGCCCGCGCUAUUGGGAGAUCACCUGAACGGCCUGUUCGUGCGUAAUGGCGUCCUCGAGUUAGCUGCCCCAUUAAGGAAGAUCAGGGGAAGAGCUGAUACAACUUUAGUGCGCAGUUUGCAAAAUGCUAUUGCUUCAUGGCUCCGUGCGCGGAAUGAGAUAGAUACCUUUGCUCAUAUGGCGAAGAACAAAGAACUGUGUGAGAGAAGCAGUCAGUAA